AUUAUUUACCUAACUCAGUUGGAUCGUUUACUUAAUCGCAAAAAUGCAGUUAUUGAUUUUGUUAAGUCUCUUGAUAACUUAUGUUUCAUGGACAUCAUCAAAUUUUACUAGAAUACUGAGUAAACCAAAUAAUAUCGUUUUCAAGUAUGGACGGGGUGCGACCGGAGAAAGAACCUUGUAUGAGUGUGGUAAACAUGAAGCUUGUAAUGUAAUCCAUCGACGAUUUUGGAUGCCUAAUUUAGCAGAAAGACUUUGUAGAUGCCCUAAUGGGGACGAGUGUCCUUGGACUGAUAAAAUUGAUGAUUUUUCAAUACCACUCAAUAACAGAGCUAUUUUAAAAUUUUGUGAACCGGUAGAAAAUAAAGGGCUGUGCAAACCUCGACAAACAGCUGCAACAGUAUAUGGAGAAAUAAACGAUGAUCAAACAUACAUGGUCCCCUACAUUAUUGAUGUAGAUUGUAUCUGCCCAUCAACACAUUAUUGGAAAUUGAAGAAGUAUGAUUUUAUCAACAACCGAGCUUUUCAAAUUUAUCGCUGUGCUAAGCAACGAAUGUGUUAUAGCUACGAAUUUUGUGGCUUUGUAAGAGAAGAUUUUUUUUCAAUUUACUAUCGAUGUUCAUGCCCUGAAGGAAAUUUGUGUGUAAAUACUAAUAAAAAUACGGAAAUAGUUCAAGAAUUGAUGUAUUUGGGGCCAGCUUUUCGAGCCUACUGUGAUCCAUGGAAUAAAUCUAGUAGAGUUUAUUAAAUUAUAUUCAAUGUGAAUAAAACAGUUACAUAAUUCAUUUAUCAUGAGUGAAAUUUUUAAAAAAUUCUAUGAAUGUAGAUAUAUUUUAAAACUAUAUACCUGUGCA